CGUGCUGCGACGAUGCUGAUAGGAUAUCCAAACAGGAAUGUAGAUCACCAGUCAGACCUCUGGAGGUGGUUGCCGUUUCCGAUAGAGUUCCUUCCGGAAAGAUCGGGUCCUAGCGGUUCGGUAGAAAUCAUCUCAAAGCCCUGCCAGAUUUGCUCCGCAUCAAGAUUGGUUGGGCGUUGUUGGGUGUGUAGAUGUUGGUGUGGUAUGACAGUGGCGGGCAUGGCUGGAUCUUGCAUCUGGCUGUCUGCAUUCGAGAAGGGUAUACCGGGUGGAUAUUGAACAAGCUGGCCACAUAUUAUGCAAAUCUCGCUUUGACUGGGGUAUUGGUGAGCAACAACAACGCUUCUUGACACAUCUGCUGUGAGGGUUAUCUCCUCGCGAAGAUACCCAGGACAACAAUGGGAAACCAGUUUAUGAGGUGACGCUGUAAUACGACGUAGGG